AUGCCUUGUUGUCGGAUUUCAACCGUCUCCCCCCAUCAAGCACCAGGCGCCCCCCAGAGGACGCAGCUGGUGGGGCGCUGGGACGAGGGCCGCGGGGGGUCGCCAGGCGCCCUGGAGGGGCCGCACGAGGACGUCGCCUCCAGGAGAACCAACCUCACAGGCCUGCACGUCCGCUGCCUGUCGCUCGAGUCGCAGCCUUCGAUCUUCACGGAGAAGGUUGGGAACAGGACCGUGAAGAUCUCCGGGUGGAUGGCUGACCUUUGGGAGGAGAUCCGGGUCCUCAGUAACUUCACCUACACCUGCAGGACGCCCUUAGACGGCGAGUGGGGGGCGCCCAAGGCCCGGGCGGGCGAGUGGUCCGGCAUGGUGGGCGAGCUGGACCAGAGGACGAGUGACGUCAUCGUGGCCCCGCUGGACCACACGCAGGCGAGGAGCCGCGUCGUCGACUACUGCAUGGGGAUCCAGAUGUCGGGCUACCACCUCGUUCUCCGCCGCCCCGACAACAACGAAUCAGCGUGGACAAGUUUCACGCGAGAGUUUCAAUGGCAAGUGUGGUUGGUCGUCGGUUUCACGCUCCUGGUUUCGUCCUUCGUUUUCUAUGCGACGGGGAAAUCGCCCUUCGAAGGGGAAACGGUUUCGUUGGGAGACGCUUUCCUCUUGGUCUUUGGAUCGCUGUGCGCGCAGAGCACAUCCUUACAACUCUCCAGCAGCUCCUCCCGCAUCGCCUUCGUCACCAUCUACCUCAACACGAUGCUCCUCUACGCCUUCUACACGUGCUUCAUCAUCUCCCACUUGGCCGUGACCGCCUACAGCCAUCCCUUCAACACCCUGCAGGAGCUUUACGAGAAGAGGGACGAGUACGACUUCGGCUUCGUCAAGGGGAUCUCCGUCGAGGGAAGCUUCAAGCUCGCCCCAGACGGCCUCUACAAGGACGUGUGGCGUGACAUGGUCGAACCGAAGUACGGUUCUCUCGUGCGCUCGGACGACGAAGGGAUCCGGCGCGUGCUGGCGGGUCGGUACGUGCACCUCAUGUACGGCAAGAAGUUCCAGUUCAAGUACGCCCAUGACUGCGACCUCAUGAUCUUGCCGAUGAAGUACAUGACCAUUGCCACGACCUUCGCUGUGCAGAAGGGGUCGCCGCUGCGUCGGAUUUUCACGUAUCAUCUGAUGCGUCUGAGGGACACGGGGAUCUUCCAGCGGCACUGGCGGCGGUGGCGUCCUCGACCCAGCAGCUGCGACGCCCAGAAGAGCCUCCAGGCCUUCACCCUCAACAACCUCAUGACUGCCUUCCUCGCCCUCAUCGUCCUGGCCAUCGCCGCCUUCCUCACGCUGGCCUUCGAGCGUCUGACUAGUCGCUGUCGGGGCCUCGUGAGGGACGUGGACUUGGUGGCGACCGUCGAGACGAACACCAGCUGGACGAGGCUCCAUAACCAGCUGUCGAGGAUGACCCUGGACGUGUUCAAGGUCCAGACGACCUUCACGACGACUUUCAUCAGGAAGGCGAGGGAGGAGAAGGGGAAGAAAAAGAAAGGGGAGGAGAAAGGGGACGUGGAAACGGGAAAAAGAGGAGCAAGAAUCUGGAACGUAGAAGAAAGUGGGAGGAAGAGGAAGAUGAUUGCUCCAGAGAUCGAGGAAGAGAGGGUGGUGGCGAAAAAGACGGAGGAAAAGGAAGAGGAUGUGAUAGAAGAAAUGAUUGAGGGAAAUGAGAGAGAUGAGGUGGCUGAGCUAGAGGAAGCCGGGCUGAGGAAAAUCGCGACCAUAAAGCUGAACAGUGGAAUGUCUGACAAAUUCAAUCUGCCUGACAUUUAUUGAUUCUCCAAACUUGAAUUUUCUUUCCAUUGUGUUACCGUUUCGUGUCAGCGUAUUUUAUUUGAUUACCCUUACCAAUUAUCAUGGCAAACAUAAGAUACAAAACUCGCAUCUUCAUCAUCAUCAAAUCAACUUUGCAAAAUGGUACCUGACUCUUGACAAUGAAGGAAUGGACGAAUGAAGAAAUCAUGAUUGUAGACUAAUAAAGAUUUCUUAAUUUCUACUUCACAAAUUUCUCUUUCAAGGUUAUCAAAGCUAAUGUGUGUGUAAAUAAAUUAAUAAAUAGAUUUGUGUAUAUUUAUAUAUAUAUAUAUAUAUAUAUAUAUAUAUAUAUAUAUAUAUAUAAUGAAUACCAAUAUUGUCUAAGCUUUGAUAUUUUUGCUAUUAUUACCUUCGUUAUUCAAUAUGCCAUAUCCAUUAUUAGACACAACCUUUUCCUUUCCAUUAUUACCAAGACUGUUUUCCCCUUCACUAAGAUGAUUCACAAAAUACGUUAUUAGGUUCUCUACACUUCUAAUAUCCGAGUGUUUCUUACAGAAUAUAUACCUAAUAGUAUUACGAUCUUAUUCUUGCACAAUAGUAUGCUAUUAACUUCCAUGAAAUGCAAUUGCAAAUUAUUCAUAUUUUAUGAUAUAUCGUCAUUGAACCUGCAAUCACAUACUAAAGAGUUUUUUGUCAUUGAUAUUAAGUCUUUGAUAUUUUUUGUAUGAUCGCCUGACUGUAUGCCGAGUAUUUUUUGUAGUGUGUAUUAUCCUGUGGUGUACUGUAUUCUAAAUGUAGUGUAACCUAUACUGCAUACUGUAUCGUUCUGUGUUGUACUGUAUAUGCAUACCUCUUGCAUUGCAUUCAUGUAUUGCAUUGUGUGUCGACUGUCUCCUGUGCUGGCAACUCUAAUCGGUUGAAAGCGAUUUGAAAACUUUGCUCAAACUUAUUGUGUGGCCGCGGGUUUGCUGUGUUUCGGACAUGAACGUACAAAAAUGGCCAGCUU